UCUAACUUUGAACCGUCUAAACUUUCUUACCGCCCCAAUUUCCUCCUCUUCCCCCCCACAAGACCAUCAUCAGACCCCUCAACAUAUAUCAACCUCUCGCUAGCCUCUCUAGGCCAUCUUAGCAGAAGCAGAAGGACCUUUUAAAGAGAAACGAGUCCAUAAAAAUACCCAUAAAUUUGAUCCAUCCCUCUUGUACUUACUAUCCCGCCAACACAUUCGCGCGCUCGCGGCAUAGUAAUCAUGUCAUCGUCCAUCAACGUCAAGCCAACCCUGAAGCUUGAUACCUCGCAACAAAUGCCUCCUCCGUCGAAUCCAGAUGGUCCCCGACCAAUCCUAAAAGUGAACACAGCAUCGCGACAGUCUUCAUUUAGUGGCGAUGUCGGCACUCCCACUCCGUCUAGUGAGAGUCGUAAGAUCAAGAUUAGGCUCUCAUCACAACCCACCACGCCUGCCGCUACCUCUGCCGGCCUUACCCCCGUUAUCACCAAAUCCAAAGCUGGAAGAACUUCGAAGCCAACUGCGAAGCUCAUUGAAUCUAAGAAGCGUGGAUAUGAUAGCGACGAAGAUCAACCAUUAUCGAGUCGGCCCAGCAAGAUGAUAAAAAUUAAACCAAAUGUCACCAAACGCUCAUCCGUUCAUUCCUAUGGCGUAUCAACUCCUGUCAGUUCCAUCAAGUUCAAACCUAGAGGAGAACCCGUUGAGCACAACCCUGGUGAGGCCUACGACUCUGAAGCUAGCGACCGCGAACCCGAUCCUAUUCGAGAAACCGCCUUUAUACUCCGUGUCCUUCCUGGCCCUUCCACAGAAUAUCUACGGAAGGCGUUGUCCGAGGGCGCUAUUGGUAUACCCAAACAGAACGGAGGGGCUGAUUUCAAUGUACAAUUUAUCGACGCUAAGGAGCGACGAGCACUCGUAACCAUUGAUGGAAAAUUUUACGCGGCAGUCUUGGUUCAUCUACCGACUGUCACCGAAGCGAUGAAGUCUUGGGAUCGCAAGAAUAUGAUGAAGAACUCCAACAUUACCGAAAUGCUUCUAUGUUUCCAGGAAGUCCAGAACGAACUCGAGGCUAAAACGGUGCCGCUUCCACCCAUGGUCGUUAAGAACGAGCAUAGGUGGCCUCAUGGCCUUACUCCUCCAAUGCACGACGCUGUUCACCGACGAUUUCGAAAGACGGUAUCAGAAAAGCAAUGGCAGGCCGCUGCUAUGGAAGCCGCGAGGCUGGCCGAAGAGGAUGCAGCCGCUAUUGAGACUCAUUAUGAGACUCUGAUUGGCGAGAACGAUGAUCCAGAUACGGAGGACGAAAGAGACGCGUAUGAGGGCAGGUACGGCGACGAGGACGAGGUGUCUUCUCGGAGGGAGCGCCAGAUCAAAGAUGAGGGUCAGGACGAAGACCAAGACGCUGAUGGCGAAGUUGACCAAGACUACUUCGAAAAUCAGCCAGGCAUGCAAAAUGACAACGCAGAAGAUGCCGAAUAUGAUGCCGAAAUGUUAGCUGCCAUGGAAGCCGAGCUUGCUGAAGACGCAAUGGAAUUUGACGAGUCUGUCGCUGCAACACCAAACAUCCCACUAGAAGCAGCAAAUCAGAUGAUGGUCGAUGCCGAUACUCCAGCAGGGAUGGCGGAGAUCAUAUCAGAGGAGGAUGAAGACGACGACGACGAUGACGACGAUGACAUGGAAGAUGGAGACGAGGAAGUCGACGAAGAGCAGUUAGUUGCCGAAAGAGAACGCAAGGAGAAAUUGGAUGAGAUCGAACAUCUCAAGAAAGGGCUGGACGAAAUUGAAACCCAACUUGCAGGAACUGCGGCCCCGAUCCUGCGGAAACGAAUUCUGUCCAGACGAGAUAAUCUCAGAAGAGAGAUUGCUGUGAAAAGAGCUGCUCUUGGCUUAGAAGCAGAUGAUUAGGAUACAGGAGUGCGAAAUGUACCAAAAGCCUAGCAAGAACCAAGGUGGUGGUGGUGGUGGUGGUGGUGG